UAUUUGGUCUGGUCAAGAGAGAGAACUUGGAAGCUGGUUGUUGGACAAGGAUGAGUUUGAUAGGCCAUGUCGUUCCUCCACGUCCUUCCGCCUCCUCCAAGAACCCAAUCCAGAAAGUCUCUCCUCGUUUCCAUUUCUUAAACUUCAGUUUAGAAAUUCCUACCCCAAAACCAAUUCUCCUCACUAACCUACUGUCAUUAGCUCUGACAGUGACCUUAAAUUCUCCAUUACCUUCUUUGGCUAUCCCUUCUCCGAAUUCUCUAUCUUCUCCUGUCAUUCCCACCACUCCAUUUUCUCAAUCCAAGAACUUGAUCCUUGGACCAGAAGAUGGGAAAAUUAGGCCUUGUCCAUCCACAAAUCCAAGUUGUGUAUCAACAAAUCCGAAAUCUUCAUCAUUUGCAUUCCCAUUGACAAUUCCUGAUGACUCCACAGAUAAUGCAAUUCAGAAAUUGCAGGAAGCAAUCUUGAAAACACAGAGAAAUGCAAAAAUUCAAGUAAUUGAAGAUGCUCCAAAUGGUACAUAUUUACAAGCAGAAGUUGAUGGAGGAUUUGGCAGAGAUGUGCUUGAAUUUCUGGUAAAAGGAGACGUGGUUGCUUAUAGGUGUAUGGCCACAAAAGUUACCUAUGUGUAUCCCUUUACUACAGCUUUAGGAGAUUCAAAAGGACAGGAGGAAAGAAUGAAGAAAAUUAUAGAGCAAUUGGGAUGGUAUGCUCCAAGUUUUGAUUCUAUGGAUUAGAUUAAUUUAACCUUACAUAUCCAUUUGCUUCAUAUUAUGGAUUGAAUGACUUGGGUGAUAUUGAAAUUUGAGUUGAGUCAGAUUUGGUUCACUGCUCAGAUAAACUCUGUAACUUCUAUUCAAUUUGUAAACUCAUAAAUUGAAUAUGAAAACAAAACUCAACCAAGAUCACAUCUUUAUAGAAACAAAA